CUCUGUGUCUCUGUCUCUCUGACUUCCCUCUCAACAUUUAAAAGGGCGCUGCAAGCUCUCAUUACUAUAGCUGACACCCAUCCCCUGCCGCCAUUUCCUAAAACCACCAAAUUUCAGCGCCAAAUCUCUUUCCCUCAAUCCCUCACAAAUUCAUCCAAAUACAACAUCAAAAUCUUAACUUAUCGAUAGAAACCGACAAUGCCUUUCAUGAACCGAUCACCGCCGAGUCCUCAAGCGCAACAGCAACCGCAGAAUCUCAAACAACGCGUUAUUACUUGCCUAAACAAGCUCUCCGACCGCGACACUCUCGCCCUCGCUUCGGCCGAGCUCGAGUCUAUCGCUCGAAACCUUACCCUCGACUCCAUUUCUCCGUUCCUUAACUGCCUCCACAACACCGACUCUUCGUCCAAGUCUCCUGUUCGGAGACAAUGCGUAAGCCUUUUGGCUUUGUUGUCUCAUUCUCACGGCAACGCUCUGUCUCCUCACCUUUCUAAGAUGGUUUCCACGGUUGCCCGCCGCCUCCGUGACCCCGACUCCGCCGUCCGAUCCGCCUGUGUCGAGGCAACCAUCGCAAUGUCGUCUCACAUCACGAGACCUCCUUUCUCGGUUUUGUGGAAGCCUUUAAUCGAAAUGCUCGUGGUGGAACAAGACGUGAACUCGCAGAUUGGAGCAGCGAUGUGUUUGGCGGCGGCGAUCGAGUCGGCGCCGGAUCCCGAGACAGAGCAGCUUAGGAAAGUGUUGCCGAAGCUUGGGAAGUUAGUAAGGAACGAAAGUUUCAAGGCGAAAGCGGCCGUGUUUGGAGUCAUCGGAAGCGUCGCUAGUGUUGGUGGUGCCGGAAGUCAAGGAGUUUUGGGUUGGUUAGUGCCCUGCGCGGUGGAGUCUUUGAGUAGCAAAGAUUGGGCAACGAGAAAGGCUGCGGCGGAGGCGUUAGGGAAAGUGGCAGUGGCUGAGAAAGAGCUGGCAACGGAGUAUAAAGCGGUGUGUGUGACCGCUCUUGGAAAUAAGAGGUUUGAUAAGGUAAAGAUUGUCCGAGAAACUAUGAAUCGUAGUUUGGAUUUAUGGAAGGAAGUUCCUGGAGUUUGUGAGGAGGCCUCAGCUUCUUCUCAGUCUGAGUCAUCUUCAAUAGAUAAUGGUAGCAUUGGAUGCUUCCCUUCAGUUACUAAAAGUGCCAACGAUGCUGGAUUAAGGACUCCCCAAUCAAAGAAAGCAGUCCCUGUGAGCAGGUCCCCUCCAUCUGAUGCUUCGCCUGUGCCCACUGCCAAGAAAGAGACGCCCCUGAAGAGUAAUAAUAGGAAUAGGAACACAUCGAUUUUUAGUAGGCUGGACCGCACGAAACCCUCUGAUUGGAAGAUUGAAAUUGUUGAGCCAAAGUCUCUGUUUGCAAAGGCCUCUUGUGAUGAUAAUAUUGAAGAUAGUGACCUUGGAGUCUCGAGAUCAAGAGAAAAUGGGGACAGCAUAAAUUCUAGGCUGGAAACAAAACGUGUACUCUUUGGUAAGGUCCGAGAUGAAAAAGUGCAGAAAUUUGGAGGUUUGAGAUCUGGGUCUCGGGUGGUUCCAUUUCAUGAUGAGGAGAACUUAGAUGUUGACGACGACAAUGCAGCCGUCGAAGUUGAUGAGAACCCUAGAGACAUUGAGAAUCUGUCUUUGAUCCAUGAACAACUUGCUCAGAUUGAGGACCAGCAAUCCAAUCUAUUAAACCUCCUCCAGAAAUUCAUUGGGAGCUCCCAAAAUGGGAUUAAUUCUCUAGAGACACGUGUAAAUGGCCUGGAGAUGGCUCUGGAUGAAAUAUCUUAUGAUUUGGCUGUUUCAAGUGGAAGGAUUCCAAACAUGGAUUCUACAGAUAACACAUGUUGCAAACUGCCUGGUGCAGAAUUUUUGAGUCCCAAGUUCUGGAGGAAGACAGAAGGGCGGUUUUCUACUCCAAGGUUAUCUUCUUCUGGGCGCGUGCUUUCCCUAAAUGCAGUACAUAACACACCUGAUAAAGAUUCUUGUGCUGAAUCAUAUAAGCCCGAAGUCAGCCAAAGGUAUCUGCGUCAUAGUAGGGGUGGAUUUGUUAUGAACCCAUUGGCAGAUGCUUGCAGUGACAUAAGAGAGAAUUCAGGGUUUUACUCAAAUAGAAUAUCAAAGAAUACCAUUCAAAAUGCUGAGAGGGUCCAGGUUGGCAAUGCUAGUGGUCCAGAUGGGACUUCAUCAGUUCCUUGUACAGCACCAAUGAACCUUAGCAGCAGAUUUUCAGCUUAACUGGAUUGGAAGCUGAGCUGUUUCAAGAACUAGCUUAAGGUCAUGGGCAAGCGCCUUGGAUAAUCAAAGCUCGUAGGUGAAAUGAUAUGAUGAAGCAAGUCAUAGAUCAAAUCGUGACGUAGAAAUGCAGCUUAUGCGGCUUGUUACACAAGAUUGUAGGUUUGUCUUUGAAAUUUUAUAGUAAUUAUUAACCGCAAUACUAGGGCAAGGCUCUUGCAUAUACAGUGUUUGCAAUGGAAUCCUUGCCCCAUCACUGAUUUAUUUAUAUUGCAAUAGAGGCCCCAUCUAUGUACAGAGAGAGUCUAUGUGCAUCUCUUUUGAGCUUGUCAUUAGUUGCUAUGUAUGUCAUAUAAUUUUGAAUGUCAUGCGAUGUAUUUUCAACAAUGGAAGAAGAAAAAGGGAUACACACACUGAGAUAUGUUUCUAUGAAACUGUUCUAGUUAA